GGCCAACCCCGACCAGUGGUCCGCCGCCGUCCAGCUCCGCCAGCAUGUCGCCCACCGCCGCACCUUCUUCUUCCUCGAGCAGCUCAUCCUCCGCCACGGCGCCGCCAUCCGCGCCCUCCGUAUCUCAGAGGCCGACCGUGGUCUCGACUUCUUUUUCGGUAGCCGUUCUCACGCCGUCAAGUUCGUCGAGUUCAUCUCCGGCGUCGUCCCUGUCCGCUCCCGCUCCGAUAAGCAGCUCGUCUCCCACGAUCCCAAGAGCAACAUCUACAACUACAAGCAUACCUUCUCCGUCGAGAUCUGCCCCAUCUGCCGCGAGGACCUCGUCUGUCUCCCUCCCAAAGUCGCCCAAGCCCUCGGCAACCUCGGCCCCCUCGUCAUCUGCACCAAGAUCUCCGACUCCGUUGCCCUCCUCGACCCCUUUACCCUCCGCUCUGCCUUUCUCGAUGCCAGCCAGUACUGGCGGGCCCCCUUCAAAGCCCUGCUUUCCAGCCGCCAGCUCGUCGAGUACAUCGUGCUCGACAUCGAGGUGGAGUCCUCGGAGGUCACCGUCGGGGGAUCGAGGUACUCUCUGGCUUAUGCCCAGGUGGCCCGGCUGUCGGAUUUCGGAAAGAACGACAACAUCUUCACUGUCCGGACCCAUCUCGGCCAGCUCUUGAAUCCCGGCGAUUAUGCCCUAGGUUAUGACCUCUAUGGGGCCAAUAGCGGCGAUCUCGAGAUUGACCUGCCAGAUGCUCUUCUGAUAAAGAAGAGCUACGAGGAGAAGCGCCGCAACAGAAGUGGAAAGGCUCGACCUUGGAAACUCAAGAGCUUGAACAUGGACGUGGACAAUACCUCCAAGGGCAGAGCUGACGAAGAGAAGAGGAAUAUCGAGUACGAGGAGUUCUUAAGGGACUUGGAGGAGAACCCUGAGCUGAGGUUUAAUAUCUCAUUGUACCGCAACAAAGAUUAUCAGCCAUCGGAGAUGGCAUCAACGGCUGGUGGGGAUGAUGUUCCUUCCAUGCCUUUGGAGGACCUGCUUGCUGAUCUUGAGCUAAGUGAUGGAGAGGAGGAAAAUGAUGAUGCUGGUAGCAUGAUGGAGUGAUUUAUCUGAUCGCAUCCAUACCGCUUGAUCCUUACAUCAUCGAUCAAGGUUUGAGUUGGGCCUUCUUUUAUAUUAUAUAUGCUUUUUUGCCCCAGAAGAUUUGGAAGUUGAAGAGUCUAGCUUGUAGAUGUUGGGUCCUAGGCUUAAAACAAGUUUAGUUUUGUUUUUAAUACUCUUUUUUUUUGUUUUUAUUUUAAGAACUUGAUUAUGUUUUGUCGUAGCUAAAUUUCCUUUUGUUUGGGUUAAUAUUUGUGCUGGACCAUGAGAUCCAUUCUGUUUUGUUGCUUUAUGAAAUGCACAAACACAUCUAUGAAGGAAAAAAGUUGUUUCUUGACAAAAUUUGUGUAAAUUUUAGUUUGUCUAGUCCUUCAUAGCUUUAACUUGUGAU